UUUAAUUUAACAUAAAUUAAAUGUUAAAUUCCUAAACAAAAAUCAGCUGGUAAUAAGGAUAAAAGUUUAAAGGUUUGGAUUUUUGGAGUGACGAGUUUUCGAGUAAAAGUGAAAUUCCAAGUGUUUUUCGAACUCUAUUUAAGGGCUAUAUAGUUAUUUAUAUUUAUAACAUUUUUAAAUCUUGGAAAAGUACGUCAAGUUAUAAUGGGUAUCAUCAGUUUUACUAUCAAAUCGGGAGUAAUUUACAGUGCGUAUUACUAUACGAAAAUUAUUGGGGUUUGGGGCCCUCAGGUAGAAAGCGAAAAAAUUUACAAUAAUGUAAAAGAUUUAUGCAAACCACACUGGAAAAAUGCCACCAAAAAUAUAAAUUUUACUCUUCCAACUUUACCAGCCGGUUCCGAAACAAGUUAUCUACUGAAGCAUUAUUAUAACCAGGGUGUCAAAAACACCAUAUACUAUAUUCAUAUGGCACCUUGUCUUCUUGGCCAAUUUAUAAGUAAAACAAAGGAGACUAUAACAAAAUCUUUAGAUGCUCCACCUGUUAAACAAUAAACUUUUGUUAAAAUUUAUUUGUCACUUUAUUUUAAGAUUUUUGUUGAAACAUCAAGUUUAUUGUAAUGUCAUGAAUGUUUUAAUAUAAAUGGCUAUAUCGAACUUGUUCGCUCUAUAAAAUUGUCUUUUUUAUUAUUUUAUGAGGUUUUAGAUAUUUUAAGCCCAUUUUGAACUGAAAUAUAAAAAAUUACUAGAUUUUUGGAGG